CAAGCGACCAUCUCGACGUGUAGGAACAUGUAGGCUGUCUGUCAAUGAGGGGAAGGUGAGAGGCAGAAAACAGAAGCCCGGGAUUAGAGCGUACACGAGCGGCCAGAGAGGCUGUCAGAGGAGGACAGAUGCCGGUGAGAGGGGGGAGAGGAGCCCGCUGUAGGAGCCUGGAGGACGGGCACAGAGGGAGGCAGUUCCCCGCUGCUGCGGAGCGUUGAUGUUCAGAAGAGACACAUCCAGCACUUGCCUGGAACACGGAAAUAAAUCGACACUGAAGAGAAAGUGAAAAUAAACCCCAGCGAGGACUGCAGAGGGUCUGGGAGAGCAGGGAACUGCAGCCUCCACAACGCAGCCCUCCAAGACUUCAGUGGACAUUUCAAAUCUCUCUGUUCUUGGUUACCCAUGAGAGGCGGUGGAAGAUUAAAUCACAUGCUCUUUGAAGAGUGAUCACAACCAAACCUUCUGAGACCUCACUCUCAAGUAUUCAAGCUUGAAACCUUAACGGUCGACACAAGCUUUCCUCAGUUAUUCGCUUGUCCAACUCAGGGGUAGUAUUUUGACAGAGGAAGAUUUUUUUUUACUGAAGGCCGUAAUAGAGAGACCCAGCCACGGCCCACUGCAGGGUCUCAGAAAUCCUUGGGUGAAAUUGAUCUGGAGGAGAAGACUGUGGAGGUGGCGGAGGUGAUGGGCAACAAGAACAGCAGCUUGCCAAAAUUUUCAGAGACUGCGCUGGAUCAAGAAGAGGAAGAGAUGAUCAUUGAGAAUACAACAGGAAGUGUCUCCGGGGAUGGAGUGCUGGGCCUCAGCCCCGAGCUGCUGGCCUCCCUGCAGUCCCUCGGAGAAAACAGCAACUACACCCUGCUUCCACACUCUCUGCACCAGAUUGCAGAGGCCUACUCGCUCAAAGAGGACUACCAGUGGGCCAUUCAGUUCCUACAGCUUGAGAAGCUCUACCAUGAACGUCUGCUCUCCAACCUGGCUGCCCUGCAGGAAAAUUGGGAGAGCCGAUGGAGAGAGAGGAACCCAGAGAGCAGUUUACCUGCUGAGACAGACGCCAUCAGUGUGAAACACAUGGAGACCCUGAGCCAGAUCUGCAGGACACAUCCCAGACCAUCCAGCAGUGUGGGGCAGGACAGUCUAAAUACAUUGCUGAGAGAAAUACAGAUCAAGAACCAGACACUGCAGUCCUGUCAUGAUAGAGUCAACAAUCCUGAAACAUCACAAGAGGAUGGAGAAAACGAGCAGAAUGCGAACACUGAAUCAGUGCCAGGCUCACCGGAAACGGGCCGUGAGGAGGGAGAAGGGGAGGAGGAUGGAGAGGAAGAGAGGGAGAUAUAUGAGGAAGGACAAGAUGUAGAGGAGGAGGAGGAGAAUCCAUGUGCGGAGACACCAGAGGAAGAGGAGGAGGUAAAGGUGGAGUGGCCAACAGGAGUCUCCCAGGCUUCGGACAAGGACCUGGCCAAACUGUCCCACACAGAAGGGAGUUCCUCUCCUGACGGUCUGGUCUCCAUUCUGAAGAGGAGGAGAGCGUCUCUGGAUGGACUCCCCCCACCCAGCGACCUGGAUACUAAACAGAACUCCAAGCGCAAAGUUCACUUCAGUGAACCAGAGGACGGCAAUGAGCAAGAUGAGGUGGGUGGAGACUCCUGCCUGAUCCUCCUGCUACUGUGCCUGGUUACCGUGGUGAUCAGUGUGGGGGGGACCGCUCUCUACUGCACCCUGGUGGACACCUACUCGAACAUUUGCACCGACUUCACUCAGAACGUCAACUUCUACGUCAUGAACAUGCGGAGGUUCUUUGAGGGGCUCGGCCACUGGCUGCCCCUCCGGACUUAACCCAGACGAUCACAGAUUGGCACUGUAGCAGACAGUGUGAGACACAGGGUGUUAACACUGCACAGACAUGGGACCUACAGGCGUUAAUGUGAUGCUGCCAUCCAGAGGGUUUGAUUCCAUCUCCAGUCACUGGACUUGUGUCUGAGCAAAAGAGACUUGUGCAUUGGACCAAACACACUGAGAUGUACAGUAUGUGUCAGUCCUCAGGUGAUCAAAGAAACACCAAACAUUAAAAAACUAUCCAGAUCUCUUCGGCUCCGAAGAAAAAUGCGAUGAUGAGUGCGUGUUGUGGGACGAGGGUUGAAAGAACAGCUUGUUUACGCCGGUCUGUGUGGAUUUCUUCAUCGUCAAGCCUCACAACAAGGCUCACAACUCUCAGCCAUAUUUAUAUUUUAACUAAGUACUUUAUCUGUGUAGUAGUGUUUCCCUCACACCUCUUCUUCUGGUGGUUUUAAUUGUACAGAGAAAAGUUGUCUUGAGCAUCAUUAGGAUCAUUAGUUUGUGUAGUUUCUUUUUACAGAGACCAUGCGAUUUUCAUUUCCUUUCGAUUCUGCCAUUGUUGUCUGCUCUUUUGACCCAUCUCUGCUAAAUUUGUACAUCAGACACGUUACACACCACGACAAAGAGUCAAUCUAACACCCAGAUUGUCAAUACAUUCAUGAUCCUUUCACCGAAAAGGUGUUUACCUCAAUAUAAGUGGUUACUCUGAACAUUCCUCUGAUUAUCUGACAAAGACCAGUUCAAUCACUGGACUGAGUAUGAUAAGAAAUGAUAAAGGUAGAGUAAGGUCAGUGUCUUAUCCAAAAAGCACAGCAUUAAGUAUACGAACUUACAGCACAGUACAUCGUGAUUGGCACUAUGCGAAACAGUAAUUCAACAGCCGCUCCUUAAACUCAAUCACCCUGUGUUUAUAGUUUUUGUGUUCAAUGUUUUAAUCUUCAUCAUUUAGAGUGCAUUUCUAAUUCUGCUCGACAUCUGGACGCACUGGAUCCCUUCCAGUCGUCUCUUGCUGUGUGCAGACUGUGACUUCACGAUAUUAAAAACCCAAUGCAGUGAGAGGAUGCAUUUUCAUUGUGUGCACAAAGGACACUAAAUCUCAGAGAGCACAUACGUCUGCCAAAGCUGAUCGGCUUCUUCAUCGCCAUAUAACAUCAUCAUCUGUAUCAGAUACAUCAGGAUCAUUGUUUAGAUCUGCACAAAAUAUCACCUGAUCAUAGAUAUUAGCACUCUAUAUAUGCUGGAUUUUUUCAUACAACUGUCCCAAAAAGUCCCAUCUCGCAAUUUUAAAGAAUAUUUCAAAUAACUCCUGGAUCCACAUGGGUGGAUGGAAUACACUCUAAAAUGUUAUAUAUAGGGUCUUGUUUGGUACAUAUCCCACCCCUCCACCAAGUUUCCAUAAAAUCGAUUGUUUUUGCAUUAUCAUGCUCAUAGACAGACAAACAACAAUUAAAUCAUGACCUCCUUGGUGGAGGAAAUAAAAGCUCAGUGUAUAUCUUGAGGAUUAACAUUUAUUCAAAACUUUAUCUGAAUGUCCCAAUGGGUAAAAAGCACAAGGCUUUAAUUUACACAAGUUAUACCAUUUGAAUCACUUUUUCCUACAGUUGUUUUUCCUGCAUUGCUCAAGUUACACAAAUGAAAAACAUUCUUUAGUUGAAUGGAUGCAAAAUGAAAAAUGUCAGCAUGUUCUCCAAAAUAAUUGCCUUGUAUUGAAUUUUUGAAACAAUUUCUACUCUCCUUCAGAACCUCCAGAUGUUUGCAAAGUAGUGAAUAUUACCUCUGUAUUGUCUCUGUGGAUAUUGUUUACCAGCAAGUGUACAUCUUUAUAUGUUUUAAUAUCUAUGUUGAGUUGUUUCCACAAGGGAAAAUUAAAAAAAAAAAAAUUAAUAUUGUC